AUGAGCGGGCAACCAACAAAUAACGAAUAUCCGGGUCCACCGCCGGAAAUCCUGGCUCAAAUCCAAAAUCCGGCUAAUGUGAGGAUAGAAAAUCCACCUCAAAUCGGCGAAGUCAUCCAGAACAAUCCACGUGGCGGCGGAAAUGCGGGAAACGCGCCACAAGCGCCCCAGCCACCACCACCAAAUGCACAGAAUAACAGUCUGAAUGCUGCUCGAGAUCGUUUGUUUCAUGCAAUGUUGGUCCGCGUAGCGUUGAAAUACAGCGGAAAAGUCAAUUUACGGAUGAGACGGCUCAUAGAGGGCGUUCUGUUGUUUUUGGCUCUGGUCCUUCUCGCCUCUCUGCUCUUCAUCCAUUUAAAUUUGUACCGAUCGCCGGUGACGUGUCUGAAAUCGAUAGAUGCCGAUUGGAUUCGUAAAGGAAUCCUGCGAAUUGAGGUCGUCCGAAAUUUGGACGUUUUGGAGGAGAAGGAGAAGUUUAUCACGGCGUAUAAUCGAGAGCCCCGAGAGUACGAAUAUCUGUAUCGUGUGGAGUAUGCGAUGAUGCUCGGUGUCCUACGGCUUCCAUCGGACUUCCGAGACGAACAUGGCAUUCCGAUGACGUGGUUAAGGAUUGACUCCAAAUCCACAUGUUUCGGCGAUCAAAUCUCCCGUCUCAUGAUGCGCCUGUUCGUCGGCUACGAGGAUACGGUAAUUGCCGCGCUGCGAAUAAAAGCGGCGAAUUUAUCGCUGGUGAAUCCGGAGACGUUAUCAAUGGGAUAUCUACACAAUAUGGCGACCCAUGAUCAGUUUCAUUUUGUGCAGCAUUCGCUGGGAAAAGCCAGCUACCUGGUUGCCGCCAUUUUGGUGAUCAUUUUUACAUUCGCCAUCUCGAUGCUUCUCCGCUUCUCCCAUCACCAAAUCUUCGUUUUUAUCAUUGAUUUGUUGCACAUGUUCGAACUACAGCAGCCAUUGAAUCCACCAGUAGCUCCGCUGAUUACUGUAGUUUUGGCACUUGUUGGAAUGGAAGCAAUUAUGGCCGAGGUUUUCAUGGAUACAUCCAUCGCCUUCUACGUGAUUCUGAUCGUUUGGGUCGCCGAUCAAUACGACGCGAUAUGCUGCCAUUCGGCGACUUCGAAAAAAUUCUGGCUUCGAUUUUUCUAUAUUUAUCAGUUCUUUUUCUAUUCUUAUCAGUAUCGAUUCAAUGGACAGUAUGGGGGAUUGGCAUUGCUGACGAGCUCGAUUUUUAUAUUGCACUCGAUGGUCUAUUUCUUCCAUCACUACGAGAUGCCGCUGAUACUGUAUCAGGAUCGGGUGUCCCAAGUUUUGGCAGAUCUACAUGCACCACAGAACGGUAUGGGUACUGUGGAAGUGCAAACGAUUACUGUAGCCAUUCACAAUCAUCGAAACAACAACAACGCCUCAGCCGCCGCCGCCGCCACGACGACAGGACAUCCGGACGGACAGACACACGAAAGUAUGAUUGGAGAUGGAGAUGGAUCACAGGGAAAUGAGAGGCCAAUGGAACCCCUCAGCCCAUCGAGUGUGUUCGACGCGCGUGGACCGAAUUUGGUAGUCGAGGAGCCAGCGCAAGCCGAUGCGUCAGACAUGGAAAUCGAAGUGGAACGAGCUCCGAUGCUUCCAGAAGAGAUUAUUGCUCAUCAAAUUGUCACAGACGCGAUGAACGAGCUGUUCAACACGCAUCAGGAGUAG